AUGACUUCCAAUAUAUUAGCAGAUAUCUUCCAGAUUUCAAUCGACCCACAGAGUAUUCCAAAGGGUUACUACCUGGUAAAUAUAACAACAGAAGAAAGUGGUCAAUCUUUAGACAUUGAAAAUAUUGAUUCAGCUCUUAUAUACCAAUUAACUGAAAACGAAUAUUUGGAGCAACCUUUCAGUUAUUUAAACGAAUGUUUUCUACGUUGUCAAAGGCAAAAACGAUUGAACAAAAAUAAUUCUAAUUUGGAAUCAGUAUUCAAAGAAAUUGAUAGACUUGUAAUAGGCUAUGGUUUGGUAGCAUUCCAAAUUCAAGAAUUUGCCCUAAAUGGUAAUAUUAGCACCUAUAUUUCUCACAUACUUCUACGCUUCGACUCCUAUUCAGAUUUUCUAUCACAGAUAAUACAAAGGGCAAUAAUCGAAGAUUCUUUGACUGAUCUACUAAAUAGCUUUUUCCCAACCCUGCUUCAGUAUGUCAACAGACCAAAUGCUCUGUUUGAUCUAAACGAUUCUGUUAACUACAACAACACAUUAUCAGUGUUUGAAUUAUUCGUUAAUUUUAAGCAAGUGGCAAGUAUUUUUACCUCAACAGAUGGGUUCCUACCGGAUCACGAGCUCUUACCCAACGAAUAUGAAAAGAAAACAAUAUUGGGUCCAAUUUUGACCCUUUCUCCCUUAAAUAUCAAUGUGGCGUUGAAGAAUUAUGGUGAGGUAAUGGAGCGUUCCACUACACAUACAAAUAUGAUUCACGAAUCUUUACAAGCAGAGCAUAAAGUUGUUCUCGACAGACUGUUCUUCAUCUGUGACAAAAUUAUAAGAGGUUCUGUGGAAUCACGUACAGAUAUGGUAUCUUACUGGGGUCAAAUCGUCAACAAGAAUCAUUUAAGGAGAGCAGAUCAUGCAGCUCAGAAUAAAUUAGCAUCAAAUGCAUUCAUGUCCAAUAUUACAUUAAUUUUAAUCAAAUUUUCACAACCCUUUUUGGAUGUAUCGUUUAAGAAGAUUGACAAAAUUGAUGUAAACUUUUUCAACACUUUAAAUCUGUUCAUCGAUCUUUCAAAUGAAACUCGUCUAAAUUCUGACUUUAAGGAAGCUGAUAAAUUCUACGAUGAUCACAGAAAUGAUGUUAAACCAAAUUUUAUCUCUGACUGUUUCUUUCUAACUUUGACUUACUUACAUUACGGUAUUGGUGGUACAUUACUCUACGACGAAAAGAUUACUCCUCAAAUCAAAAGAAUAAAAGAAGAAAUUGAAAAAGUUAAAACUUUUGCCUCUUCUAAUUCUCUUUUGUCUAACUUUGUUGGUGCCAAGUUAAAACAACUUGAAAAGACACUUUCGUACACAAAAGCAUUAAAAGAUGCCCUCAAAGGCUUCUUUUCUAAUAAAUCUUUACAAUUAGAAGUUUUUGAUUUUAUAUGUGGAGCCUCAACUUUUUUAUUAAGGGUAAUUGACCCUGAUCAUGAAUUUCCUUUCAAGACAAUUGAAUUACCACUAAUUCCAGAUCAAGUAGGUGUCGAGAAUGUCGACAAUGCUGAUUAUUUAAGGGUACAUGCUCCUGUGCCAUUUAAGUAUUACCCAGAAUUCGUUGUGGAAGGUCCAAUCAACUAUUCAUUAUACAUAUCACGUUAUGGCAAUUCUCCAAUAUUUAGAAAUCCUAGGUUACAAUCGUUUGUUGAAUUAGGGACUACUAUUUUACGUUGCCCAGAAUUGGUGUCUAACCCGCACUUGAAAGGUAAGUUAGUUCAGUUAUUUAGUGUUGGUGCAAUGCCAUUGACUGAUAACUCACCCGGUUUUAUGAUGAAGAUUUUUGAAGAAAACACCCUGGUGAACAAGAACUUAUUAUAUGCACUACUUGAUUUUUAUGUUAUUGUCGAAAAAACUGGUUCCUCAUCUCAAUUUUAUGAUAAAUUUAAUAGCAGAUAUAGCAUAUCCAUCAUUUUAGAAGAAAUGUACAACAAAAUUCCAAUUUAUAAGAAUCAACUAAUAUGGCAAUCACAAAAGAAUCCUGAUUUCUUUAUUAGAUUUAUUGCACGUAUGUUAAAUGAUUUAACGUUUUUAUUAGAUGAAGGUCUGAGUAAUUUAUCUGAAGUACAUACAAUUGGUAAUCAACUGAACGAUCCAAAUCUCAUAAAUCAACAACAGGACACAUCUGAUGAAUCAACAAAUGAUUUACAAUCAAGAUAUCAAGCAGCUCAAAGACAGGCCAAAUCAUCAUGUGGGUUAGCUGCCAAAUCGAUGACUUUGUUUGAAAUAUAUACUAAGGAUAUUCCUCAGUCUUUCGUCACGGCAGAAGUUGUGGAUAGACUUGCUAGUAUGUUAAAUUAUAAUCUUGAAUCCCUUGUUGGUCCAAAAUGUGGUAAUCUAAGAGUUAAAGACCCUGAACAAUAUUCAUUUAAUCCAAAGGAGUUACUGAAAGCAUUAUGCUCCAUUUACAUUAAUUUAGCCAAUGAGGACGAUUUUGUGAAGGCUGUUGCAAGAGAUACCAGAUCAUUCAAUGUUGACUUUUUCAAGAGAGCAAUUGAUAUCCUAGGUAGAAGGACAGGCCUUGUAUCUGAUGAAUUUUGUAACAAACUCCUUGAAUUUGUAGACCAAGCGGAGAAGACUAGAAAGGAAGAGGAAGAAGAGGAUAUUGAGUAUGAAGAUGCUCCUGAUGAAUUCCUAGAUCCGUUAAUGUAUACUAUAAUGAAGGAUCCUGUUACAUUACCCACCUCAAAAGUUAACAUUGAUAGAAGUACAAUUAAAGCACAUCUAUUAAGUGAUUCGACAGAUCCAUUCAAUAGAACUCCAUUACGGUUAGAGGAAGUUAUCCCCAACGAUGAAUUGAAACAACGUAUUCUAGAAUGGAAGGCAAGUAAAAAAGCUCAAAAAUAA